CCCGCAAAAAAACUAUACAAUCACACAUAAUCAAGGUGUUGACGGUCCGAAGGAGGCAUAGCCGCUCUGCCCCUCAAAAGCCCCUCGGCAGUCGGAGGCUCCGCGUAUCGGCCUUCACGCCUUAAGAGGGAUCCCCGCCAAUCCCAACGAGGGGCAACCGUCCACCGCCUUGUGCUAGCUCAGUCGUCCCCACCAGGAAAACAGAAAAAUUCACCCUCAAUCAAAGCCAGUCAUCUUACUCCGCACCUCCAGAGAGCUGUGUCUUCCAUCAUCUCUCUGCCUUCAUCUCCGACCGUACUGGUUCUUCCUUUUCUAUUUUCCCUUUUCUUACACAUCUUCAAUUACCUUCCAAUCCUGCAAUCAUGGCCACUUACGCUCUACCUAAGUCCCACCAGGACAUGUUGGAGAAAUCUUUGCUCGAGACCGAUCCUGAGAUCGCGGAGAUCAUGAAACUUGAGAUCCAGCGUCAACGCGAAUCCAUCAUCCUCAUCGCAUCCGAGAAUGUUACCUCGCGCGCCGUCUUCGAUGCUUUGGGGUCGCCCAUGUCCAACAAAUACUCCGAGGGUUACCCAGGCGCCAGAUACUACGGUGGCAACCAGCACAUCGAUGCCAUUGAGCUGACCUGCCAGUCUCGUGCUCUCAAGGCCUUCCACCUCGACCCCGAGAAAUGGGGCGUCAACGUCCAAUGCUUGAGUGGUAGCCCUGCAAACCUCCAGGUUUACCAGGCUAUCAUGAGACCCCAUGAGAGAUUGAUGGGUCUUGACCUGCCCCACGGUGGACACUUGAGUCACGGUUACCAGACCCCUCAGCGGAAGAUCUCCGCGGUCUCGACCUACUUCGAGACCUUCCCGUACCGCGUCAACCUCGAGACUGGUCUCAUUGACUACGACAAGCUUGAGGAGAAUGCCUUGAUGUACAGACCCAAGGUGCUUGUGGCUGGCACAUCCGCGUACUGCCGUCUUAUCGACUAUGCUCGCAUGCGCAAGAUCGCAGACCUUGUCGGCGCAUACCUCGUCGUCGACAUGGCUCACAUCUCUGGUCUCAUUGCUGCUGGUGUCAUCCCCAGCCCCUUUGAGUACGCCGACAUUGUCACCACGACCACCCACAAGUCCCUCCGUGGCCCCCGCGGUGCUAUGAUCUUCUUCCGCAAGGGUGUUCGCAAGACCGAUGCCAAGACUGGCAAGGAGAUCCUGUACGACCUCGAAGGCCCCAUCAACUUCUCCGUCUUCCCGGGUCACCAAGGUGGUCCCCACAACCACACCAUUACCGCGCUUGCUGUUGCCCUCAAGCAGGCCACUACCCCCGAAUUCAAGCAAUACCAGGAGCAAGUCGUCAAGAACGCCAAGGCUCUGGAGACCGAGUUCAAGAAGCUCGGCUACAAGCUUGUCGCUGAUGGAACCGACUCGCACAUGGUCCUCCUCGACCUCCGCCCCCAGGGCCUUGACGGUGCUCGUGUUGAGGCGGUCCUGGAGCAGGUCAACAUUGCCUGCAACAAGAACUCCAUCCCCGGCGACAAGUCGGCCCUGACCCCCUGCGGUCUCCGCAUCGGUACCCCGGCCAUGACCAGCCGUGGCUUUGGCGAGGACGACUUCAAGAGGGUGGCCGCGUACAUCGACCAGAGCAUCAAGAUCUGCCAGGAGGUGCAGGCGGCGCUGCCCAAGAGCGACAACAAGCUCAAGGACUUCAAGGCCAAGGUUGCCGGCGGGGAGGUUGCCAAGAUCAACGAGAUGAAGAAGGAGAUUGCUAGCUGGGCUGGGGCCUUCCCGCUCCCCGUCGAGGGCUGGCGGCAAUAG